GGAGAGUGCUUCGCUCGUUACUUCGUGACACGCAACGCGCGUUGUCCCGCGUUCGUGUCUCCUCCCUCUCUCUGUUCCUUCGUUUCCCUCUCUCCUGUGUCUGUUUCUUUCUCCGUCUGUUUCUUUGGUGUCGAUCGGCGCGCACUGCGACUUGGAGAGUGUUCAGUGGUCGGUCUCGCGAUAGUUCGGUGCUCGGUCGAACCGCGUUUUUUCUCUCUCUCUCUCUCUCUCUCUCUCUCUGUCUUUGUCUCUCUCUCACUCACUCACUCUUUCUUCUUUACCACGAUUGAAUCAGAAUAGACGAGAGGAGCAAUCGCAUUCGGUUGAAAAGUUAGGAAUCGAGUUUAGUAUUUUUUUUUUUCGGAGUUGUUUGUGCGAAAGGAGCCGCGCGUCCCGUUGUCUGUGACUGCGAGUGGGAGCGACAGCGAGUGGACUCCGAGAGUCUCGAAAGCGUCGUCGUGACACGGACUAUGCCGAAACGCGGCCAUCCAAUUGGGAAGCAGCGUGGUCGCGCUGGCCUGGUGUUUGGGUCGCCUAGCGGCGACUGAGUCCUGUUACGGGAUGCUAAAAGUUCCCGCGGGAGUCGGUGGCGAGCGUUGGCUGAAAGAGGAGAAGAGGAAGAAGAAGAAGGCAGGAAGGAUGGGCGGGAGACGAGGUGUGCUGGUCCGCGACGUAGGUGCGCAUCGCGACGCCGACGACGUGACGGCCACGUGCCCCCGCGGAUAUCUCGUUGGCUGUUGCCACUAACUGCUCUAUGCAUCGUACGUAGUCGAGCGAAACGGUGACCGUGUACGGCCGUGUCGUUUUCAACGGCGUGUCGUUAUUUAAAAAAAAACAAGAUAGUGUGUGAUUCUUAGAUAGAUGGAAUAUAGAGUGUGUCGGUGAUAUUGGAAUAUAUAUAUAUAUAUAUAUAAUUUUUGCUUCGUAUCAAGUGCACAAGUGACUUCGAGAAGGAUCUUUCUCUUUCUUUCUCUCUUGGUGUUCAUCGAUACUAUUCACAGGGUCGUGGAAAGAAAAUCGUCAAGUUGUUGGAUAUUUUAGUGGGUGCGAGAACAGGUGGAACACGCGUGUUCUUCCCCGAUAAAUAAUUGGUCGAUAAUUGGAUAGAUAAUAGAAUUGAAUUUGCCGCCGGUGAGGGGAGAAGAGAGGACGGUGGCUCGAGUUGUCAUCACGGGAUGUUGAUGAUUCCCGCGCGAAACGAAUAUCGUUGUGGUAUCGACUUGAAACUUGAAACGCUUGAUACACGACGGUACCGUGUUCCUUCCGUCCGAACCGAAGAAUUUAAUACACCGGCAAAGAAGUCGACAAGUUAGUCGUGAAGUGUUGUGAUUCUUUGGCCACGGUGAAUUCCAUUCGUAGUGAUUAAACGAGGUUUCAAGUGGGAACCAGUUCGUUACUGCUACGUUAAACGAGGGAAGGGACUAUUUGCCGGUAAUCGGAGGCGAAAAAUACGACGGAGUCGAUAAACUCGACUCGGUGGUGGUGGUGGUGGUGGUGGUGUUGUUGUUGUUGUUGGUGGUGGUGAUCGAAGAAGAAACCGGAGAGUAGUGUAACUAAACUAGGCGCCACGAAGGUGAAGAAGAAGAAGGGAGAAGAAAAAGGAAAGCAAAAGGAAAAAAGAGGAAGAGGAAUAGUCGAGAGCCGCGUCGAAUUGAAAUCUUUGGAAGAGAGGAGCGAUAGAUCGUCGAUUAUCGUGGUGGAAAAGGAGGGAACGACGGAACGAAAGUCUCGGCUCGAGAAAUUCCCGCGCUUGUACCCCGAUCAUCAGGCCGACGGGAGUUCGAGGAGAGGGUGAAGGGCGUCGUGGAGGGGGGAGUGAUGCCGGUGAGGGUGGCACAGCGCCCCCCAGGUGGAAUACCACUGCACGCCGGCGUGCCGGUAGCGCCCAGCAGCGUAACCGCCUCCGGUCCGUCGGGCCGGUGCCUCGGGGGCCCGGCAGCGCCCCCCGCCGGCUCGCCACCGCUGCCGCCCUCCUUGCAAUCGCUCGGCGGCGGUGUGAGCAACGCGAACAGCGCCGCUGGCGCGGCCAGCAACGGGUCCAGCAACGGUAACACCGGGAACACCGGCAGCAUAGUUGGGAGCAACACUGGUCAGGGGGGGAUCGCGACCCAAGCCCUUGGCGGCGUCACAACGACGAGCGGCGUCACCACGAAUCCCUUGCAGGCGAUGGCGUCGGCGGCGGCCUCGCUAACCCAGCUCAACAACAUGGCGAAUGGCCCGCUGCCGCCGCUCGCGGCCACUGGGCCCACCGGCCCCCCUAGCUUGCCGCCUCCUCAGCCAGCUACCACGCCGACCCAUGGGGGUCCACCGACGCCGCACGCCGGUGUCACAGGUGGGCCCCAUCUCAAUGGAGCAUCUCCAAGCCCUCACCCCAUGCCGCCCCACGGGAUGAUGAGCGGCUCGCCUCACGCCCCUCACCCGCAUAUGGGUGGAGGUGGGCCCUCGCCUCAUCCUCACCACCCCGGCCCCCACAUGGUCGGCUCGCCUCAUCACCCCGGUCCGCAUCCCAUGGGCCCAGCCGCCGGUAUGAUGGGCCCGGCCGGUAUGCAGCCCCAAGCCGCGCCCGGCAUGUGCGGACCAGGACCAACCGGCCCGAUGGGGCCUCACGCUCAUCCUCAGGGACCCGGAGUGCCCGGACAACCGCAUAUGCACAACGACCCCUUUUACUGCUCUCCCUUUGGAUCGCAUUACUUCAGAUCGUUGCCUGUCCCCAGGAGGCAUACUCCGUACUUUGGCCAACCGGACUACAGGCUCUACGAGUUGAACAAGAGGUUACAACAGCGUACAGAGGAGAGCGACAAUCUUUGGUGGGACGCAUUCGCGACUGAAUUCUUCGAGGAUGACGCAACCUUAACCCUCACGUUCUGCUUGGAGGACGGCCCCAAGAGAUACACGAUAGGAAGGACGUUAAUACCUAGGUACUUCCGUUCGAUAUUCGAGGGCGGUGUGACGGAACUUUACUACAAUUUGAAACACCCGAAGGAGUCAUUUCACAAUACCAGCAUAACCCUCGACUGUGAUAACUGCGUUAUGGUUACGCAUCACGGAAAACCGAUGUUCACUAAGGUAUGCACGGAGGGUAGAUUAAUAUUGGAAUUCACGUUUGACGACCUUAUGAGGAUAAAGUCGUGGCACAUGUCGGUGAGGACGCACAAGGAACUCGUGCCUAGAACUGUGGUCGGUAUGCAACAGGACCCGACGAUGCUCGAACAGCUUAGCAAGAACAUCACAAGGCAGGGCAUCACCAAUUCCACCCUCAACUAUCUUAGGUUAUGCGUGAUCUUGGAACCGAUGCAAGAGUUGAUGUCGAGGCACAAGGCGUACGCGUUGUCACCGCGGGACUGCUUGAAGACGACCUUGUUCCAGAAAUGGCAGAGGAUGGUUGCCCCGCCGGGUAAGAGAGAAUCGCAGAGGCCGGCCAGCAAGCGGAGAAAGCGGAAGGGUAGCACGUCGGGUCCCGGCAACAACGCGCCACCCGCCCCCAGCAAAAAGAGAUCUCCGGGGCCUAAUUUUUCUCUGGCAUCACAGGACGUGAUGGUUGUCGGUGAACCGUCGCUGAUGGGAGGGGACUUCGGCGAGGAGGACGAACGGGUAAUCACGAGGUUGGAGAACACGCAGUACGACGCCACCAACAGCCUGGACCCGCACAGUCACGACACGCCGGGCGGGCCGCCCCCGCAUCCCCAUCAAUUCCACUCGGAACCGACCCCGGGUAACUCUUGGCCCCCGGACCGCGGUCCCGGCCCGCCACAAGGAGGGCCCGGCAGCCAGGUAAUUGUCCACCACUCGAAACAGAUCGAGGAACGUACGUACGAGAGGCGAGGGAACGUGGGUCGAUGCGUGACGUGCAAUGGGGGUUGCAGGGAGUUCAAGGUGGGCAGGGUGGCGCAGCAGCGGGUGUACAGGGGACGCAGGACGCCAGUCAACAGCAACAAGACAAGAAGAGUCCCGCGGUGAGCCAGUGAGGCCAGGAGUCCCCGCGC